AUGGCUCAGUUCCCCCCGGUCGUCUUCCCCCGCUUCGUUCCUCCUGCGCCGCCGUGGUUUUCAUUUCGUCCGUCGCCGCGGCCGCCACCACCACCAUCCAGUUAUAAGCCACCGUCACGAGGCAGGAUCAUCGCCGGCGUCGUCAUCUUCAUCGUGGCCUCCAUGCUCCUGUACAUCAUCGUGUGCACCAUCCGCAGGGCACAACGCAACAGCCGCGCUCGCGCUGCGGCCGCUGCCGCCGCCGCUGGGCUGGAGACACUGUCGGAAAGUAGCAGCGUGCGCGUGGACGAGCAGCCGCUCCACCGGGCCUGCGUCGCCAGCCCGACGGCCGGUCUCCCGAUGUUCACGUACAGCCAGUCUCUGAAGCACAACGUGACGGGGCCGGGCGAGGAGGCGGCGACAUGCCCGGUGUGCCUCGGCGCGCUGCAGCUCGGGGAGACGGUGCGGCUGCUGCCGGUGUGCCUGCACCUCUACCACGCCGAGUGCAUCGACCCGUGGCUGGACGCGCACUCGACGUGCCCGAUCUGCCGCUCGGACACUGACCCGACGAUCGGCGUCGGCCGGGUACCGCCGGUUUAG